UUUUUUUUAACAUUGUGUGUGCAAAAUUGAAAGCCUUUCAAUUAUUGUGAGUGAGAAGGUUCGUAGACAGAGUAAAAUUGCUUUUGUAGGUGUGGAGCUGCCUUUAAAAGUUUUCAUCAAAGUAUGGCUGAAAUUGGAACUUUUGUUGUUCAGGAAGUUUUGAAGAGGAUUGUAAAAUAUGGAGCAGAGCAAAUUGUUGUGGCAUGGGAGUUGGAGAAUGAGGUGUCCCUGUUGAAAGAUAAGUUACACGAUGCUGAUACAAUCUUAGAAGACAUCAACAGAAAGAAAUCACACCCUGGUAAUUCUGUGAAAAGAUGGGUGGAAAAACUUGAAGAUAUUGUCCAUGAAGCCGAUGAUCUACUGGAUGAGCUUGUUUAUGAACAUCUUCGACGAACAGUGGAGCAUACUGAGAAAUUUAGCAAGGUAAGUGAUUCAAUCUCAUCAUCCAUAAAUUCUUUUUUGUUUCGUCGCAAGAUGGCCAAGAAAAUCAAGAACAUUACCGAUACUCUAAAUCAACAUUAUUGUGCGGCAAGUGCUUUUGGGCUAGUUGGUGUGGAAACUGUCACAGAAAUAGAGCUUGCGCUCAAUCAGAUUCGAGAGACAACCUCAAUUCUUGACUUCCAAGUCGAAGGAAGGGAGGCUGAAGUUUUGGAGCUACUUAAAUUGGCGAUUGACUCUACCAAUGAACAUCAUAUGUCUGUGAUAUCCAUCGUUGGAAUGGGUGGUCUUGGCAAAACAACUUUGGCCAAGAUGAUCUUCAAUCAUCGUGAAAUUGAAGGACAUUUUGAUAAAACUAUAUGGGUUUGUGUGUCAAAACCAUUUAUUGUCACAAAAAUUUUGGAAAAAAUCUUUCAGGGUUUAACAAAAACUUGUAGUGGGUUGGAAUCCAAUAAGGAGGCCUUGCUUGGGAGGCUGCGAAAGGAGAUGCAAGACAAGAAUUAUUUUCUUGUGCUUGAUGAUGUUUGGGAUAAUGAGAAACACUUGUGGGACGAGCUUAGAGGCUGUUUGAAACAUAUUGCUGGAAAACCUGGAAAUACUAUUAUGGUGACCACAAGGAAUGAAGAAGUAGCGACGAUGGUGGAGCCAAUUUCUAUUUAUCGUCUAAAAAAGUUAUCCAAUGAUCAAUGUUGGGCGUUGUUUAAAGAAAGUGCAAAUGCAAAUCAGUUGCCAAUGAAUUCGAAGUUGGAGAUUAUGAAAAAGGAGCUGGUUAGAAAAAUGGGUGGUGUACCACUCGUGGCAAAAGUUUUAGGAGGUGCAGUCAAAUUUGAAGAAACUGAACUUGAAGAGGAAGAUCAUGAGAUCAGUUGGAUGACAAAAGUUGAAAGCAUUGUAAGGAACAUUUCAUUAGAGGACAAAGAUUUUGUUUUGUCCAUAUUAAAAUUAAGUGUGGAUUCUUUACCAAAUCCCGUGUUAAAGCAAUGUGUUGCCUAUUGCUCAAAUUUUUCCCAAGAUUAUGACUUUCAGAAAGAUGACCUAAUUAAAAUGUGGAUAGCACAAGGAUUUAUCCAACCCGGACAAGGAAGAGAUAAGAACUUGCUAAUGGAGGAUAUUGGAGAACAAUACUUCAACUUCUUAUUGUCUCGUUCCAUAUUUCAAGAUGUCACUAGGGAUGCGAAUAAGAGAAUUGUUGGGUUUAAGAUGCAUGAUCUAAUGCAUGAUAUUGCUUGUGCAAUUUCGAGUCAUCAAAAUGUGGAAUCAAAUCCAAAUAAUUUGAGUGGAAAAAGUGUAAGAAAGUUACGCACGUUGAUUUGCAAUGAUGAAGUGAUUAAUUAUUUGAAUCAGAACGACAUUGUUUGUUUACGUGUUUUAAAGGUUAUUUUUCAAUCGCAUACGGAUUUGUGGAUUCCAAUAGACAAGUUGAUUCAUUUGAGAUAUCUUGAUAUUUCAGAAUGUUCUAUAAACAAGCUUCUUCUUGAAUCCCUUUCUCUUCUUUAUAAUCUACAAACGCUAAAGCUUGGACAAAGUGGUCUACCGAAGAAUUUGAGAAAAUUGGUUAACUUAAGACAUUUAGAAUUUAAAAUGUUUGGUGAUACAGCAAUGCCUUCAGAUAUGGGCAACUUGAUUCAUCUUCAAUCAUUGUCUGGGUUUUUAGUUGGGUUCGAGAAGGGUUGUAAAAUAGAAGAGCUUGGACCGUUGAAAAACCUGAAAGGUAAACUAACUCUUACAAAUCUCUGGAGAGUGCAAAAUAAAGAUGAAGCUAUGGCUGCAAAAUUGGUGGAAAAGAAGAACUUACGUCAUCUAAACCUAUGGUUUUUCGAAACUGAUAAGAGAGGAGAAGAUGAUGAAGAUGGUAUAGUACAAGUGUUGGAAGGACUUCAACCACACAAAAACCUACAAUCAUUGGAAAUCCUUGGUUUUCGAGGAAAAGUUUUGCCUACUGGUAUUUUUGUUGAAAAUUUAGUAAAGAUACGUUUGGGUCAUUUUGAAAGAUGUGAAGUGCUUCCCAUGCUUGGACAGUUGCCCAAUUUAAAGGAACUUGAGAUUAUGUACAUGGAAAGUGUGAGAAGUAUAGGGAAUGAGUUCUAUGGAGUUGACUCCAGCCACCAAAAUUCUGUUGCUUUUCCACAGUUAAAGAAACUCAGCAUUUAUGAGAUGAUGAACCUAGAGCAAUGGGAUGAAGCAACGGUGGUUCUUGAAUCAAAUCUCUUUGGAUGUCUAAAAGAAGUUAGGAUUAGGAGAUGUAAUCCAUUGGCAAAGUUGCCAAGUGGGUUAGAAGGUUGCCAUUCCCUUGAAUAUUUGAGCAUCCGUGGUUGUUUUAAUUUGAUGCUAAAUGUGCAAAAUUUGCACAAAUUAUACCAUUUAGAGAUUGAUGGGUUGAAAAGAUUGCCAAAGGGAAUGGACGGACUCACUCGCUUGAAAGAGUUGAAAAUUGGAGGAUGCAUGCAAAAUUAUGAGUUUAGUUCCGUCAUACACUUGGCUUCUCAGCUUGUUGAACUUGAGUUGUCUGGCCGUUAUGGGUCAGUUGACACCCAACUUCCCCAACAACUUCAACACCUCACUAACUUGCAAGUAUUAAAGAUUACACAGUUUGAUUGCAUUGAAGCUCUGCCAGAAUGGAUUGGAAACCUCAUCUCUUUGAAAACAUUGAAAUGCUCCUAUUGCUUUAAGUUGAAAGAAUUACCUUCGAGAGAGGCCAUAUUACGCCUAACCAAAUUAGAAAAUUUGGACAUUUUUGAAUGUCCAAAGCUACUAGUUGGGGAAGGUGACCAGGAGAGGGCUAAGCUUUCCCAUCUUCCAUCAAAAUGUGUUCAUAAAUCUGAGAGCUUUUAUUCUGGACUGCUUUAGAAGAGGAAAAUCUUUCAGUAACUGACAUAUAUUAACAACUUCGUAUUAAUGUGAUGAAGAAGCUAGAGCAAUGGGAUGAAGCAACGGUGGUUCUUGCAUCAAAUCUCUUUGCAUGUCUAAAAAUGGUAAGUAUUCAGAGAUGUUAUCAAUGGGCAAAAUUGCCAAGUGGGUUAGAAGGUUGCCUUGCCAGUACAUUGAAUAUUUAUACAUAAGUGGGUGUCAUAAUUUGAUGCUAAAUGUGCAAAAUUUGGACAACUCAUAUCAUUCAGAGAUUAAAGGGUUGGAAAGAUUGCUCGAGGAUUUGGUGGGCUCUCUUGCUUGAAAGAGUUGAUAACUGUAGAGUGCAUGCUAAAUUCUCUAAUUUUCUUCUAGGUUUUUGUUCAAUUUUUGGGUUGCAAUUUGAGAAACUUGAUAUCUCGAGUUAA